CACAAAUUAAAAAAGAAGAAGAAAGAAAAAGCACCACGGAAAAAGCGUUCUCUGCAACUUUUUUCCCGUUUCGCUCACCGAGUCGUGACUCGGUCCCCCCCUUCCCUUUUGCAACCGAGUUCUGACUCGGCCCCGCGACAUCAUCAUCACGCUCCCUUCCACUUGCAUCAUCCUCGGUAUUGCAUAAAUUCCCCCAAUGGGUCUUUCUCGGAAGUCCAAGUUUCCAACUUUAACCAACUUUUUAACCUCUGGUUUUCGAUGCUUCUCUGAAAUCCGCGUUUGCGUUCCUUCGUACUUUCUUCUGUGGAAAUGGCCGAAACUCGCGCCGAUGGGGUUCCCGGAACGCCUUCUAUAAGGGAAGUGAGACCCGAGACGGGAAUCGGGUCGGGUGGGGACCCGAUUCCCGGGAUUAGAAGGGUGAAUUUGCGAGCCGAGAUUGAUACGUCGCCGCCAUUCGGGUCGGUCAAGGAGGCUGUGACCCGUUUUGGAGGUAGCGGGCCUUGGAUACCCCUUUACAGGCUUGGAGAGGCUUUUAACAACAUUGAAGAUUUCGACUUAAAGAAAGUGGAGGAACAAGCAGCAGAGUUGGAGAAGGAUUUAAUAGUCAAAGAACUUGAAACACUUGACGUGCUUGAAGAACUUGGAGCUACCAAAAGAAUUGUGGAGGACUUAAAGCAGCAGCUACAAAAAGAAGCAUUGAAAUGUUUUGCAACUCCUGAUGUAAAUUCCUAUGAACAGGUUGGAACUCCUGUUAUUAAGGAGAUGAAUAAGGAAAAUUAUGGAAAUAUUGUUAACAAUCAAGAACAUAUAUUGCAAAGUCCAACCCCCUGCACUAUGUCAUCACCUGAUCUGAUCUUAAUGGAGUUGAAACAAGCCAAAAUGAAUCUUGGUAAAACUAUAGAUGAACUUGGGGUGAUUCAAUCCUCUGUUGAAUCUUUGAAUAAGAAGAUGAAGAAGGAGAAAAUUUUUCUAGAGAGGACACGCCAAAAGCUAGCAUCAAAGUUUGCAUCUUUCUCUGCUCAAGAAAGGGCCCAGGAGCAAACAAGAUUAAAUCCACCAGCAUCUCAUGUAGAAUGCGCUUUUUAUAAUCCUGCUAAUAUUAUGAGGAACUUCAAUUCUGAUUCUGAGCAGUAUAAUAGAACGGUUGAAACACGAGCUGAAGUUUCAAAGCCCUUACCUGUGUAUGAUGUGAAUGGAUUUAGUAUUAAGACUGCUGAGAUGAGGUGGCUUGCAGCUAAAAAGAUGGAAGAAGCUGCAAGAGCUGCAGAAGCUAUUGCUUUUGCCGAAAUCAAGGCUCUAUCUAGUGCUGAGAGAUCAUCAGGGUUUGCUCUUCCAGAACCCGAGAAAGUCACUUUUGCUUUAGCAGAGCGCUCUCCUUUAAACCCCAAGGCUCAGAUACCUGAGGAGUCAACUUUGAAGAAGGUAAUAGAUUCCAAGUUUCAAAUUGAUGAAACAAAUAUUUCUAAACUUACUAUUUUGAAGAAGUUGGAGGAAGCAACAAAAGAAGUUCUACAUAGCAAAAAAGUCUUGACAGAUGCUUUAAACAGUGUUGAAACUGCAAAUAGAAAGCAACAUGCUGUUGAGGAGGCUCUAAGGAGAUGGAUUCCAGAGGAUGAUCUGAAGAAGCAAGCGGUGUAUAACUCUAUUAGCUGCAACAAGUUUAAUCAAGCUGGAAAUUGUCAUGAUUCUUCUCUACCGGAUUUAACCAAGUCAACAACAGCAAACAAUGAUCCAAAGCCUGUUUUAAGGUCCACAAUUUCAAUGAGAGAUGUACUUAGCAGAAAGCAAGUUCCCGAAGGGUAUGCUACAAGAAAGGAGAUGGAAGAGCACACUGAAAGACAAAAGGUAGCAUUGAGUCAAAUGCUUCGAGCAUUGAGGGAAGAUAUAACUCUUCCAACAAAUGCUGAUAAAGAUGGCAGCAAUCAAAAGCGGUUCGUAUCACAGAGGAAGAAGUUUGGAUUCAUCCAAAUAUCACUCCCGAUGACAAAGCCAAAUAAGAGAAGGGCAUGAAAUUUUAAUCCUACAUGCCUAUGCAUGGAUGAAUAACCACUACUCAUGCAUCUUUAUGUCUUCCCUUGCCAUUCUUUAUUGGUUCAUGUGUUACGUUUGCUUUCCUAUUAUUUAUGUAGAAGUUUGUGUGGGUGUCUGAUAUUGUAAAAUAUGUUGUGCUUGAGUGAUUGGUGAUUAUUCUAUGACUAGCUUUGACGGAGCUAGUGGAUUAUGUUGUACUCAUUUGAUGCAUUAGAGUGAUGAGGAAUUUAUCCACAGGUUAUGAAGGUUUUAUCAUUGGCUAAUUUGAUUGUUGGGAAAAAAAAAAUAGUUACCUCCUCCCCCUACCCCAGAUC